CGAAAAUAUCUCUGAAACAGUUUGCAUCGCACACACGUACCGUGUCACACCGCCGAUGGAUGGAUGGACUGGCUGACACGAGGGGCUCCAUUCCUGGGACUGGGAGAGACUGUAGCCCCGGGGCCGGCCCGGGCCAAGAAUUGACAGGCCCGGUAGCGACAGCCCACCGCCCCCCUCUCUCCCGGGCCCAGUGCCGUGCCAUUGUGCAUGCGUCGAUGCCGCGCGCCGGACGAAAGCUGAAGCCUUAACCCAAGCAAGCAGCAGCAGCAGCAAUGAAAAAAAAAAAGGACCGCGCUGGCUGCCUUUUGGUUGGGCGAAAGGAACGGGACCAAAUCUUAUCGGCCCGGCGUUUGGAUGCGUCGUCGUCGUCGUCUCCUUGUGUGGGGCUGGCUGCUGGCCGCCGUUCCAUCCAUCAUCCCAUGCCCAUCCUCUCCUGAAAAACACAUCUAAUCUCAUCUCAUCCCCUUCCUCCUCUAGCUUGUGCACGUAGGCCAACCGCGUCAUCUCUCUCUUAUCUUCUUCCUCCCAUCAUUCCUUCCAUCCGAUCCAUCUAGCUUACUCCCCGGCCUUAGCGCUUCUUCCCCCUGCCGCCUACAGCCGCCGGCCGGGAGCGGCCUUGUUCAUGCCCCCGCCGUGCAGUGUGCAGCAGCUUAUUGGCGUGCGUUCCGGCGGCCGGAGAGCCAGCAGCUAGCUGAUAAUACAUCCUGAUCAGGGAGCCAAUACGAGCUUGUUCCUGAAGCUUAAUUUUAGCCAAGCGGUGCUCGGUGGAUCCACAGUUCCAUAUGCAUGGAUGGCAAAGAUCACCUCAUCGCACCGUCCGACCUGCCGCAGUUCUACGCCGCCCAGCAGCAACAACAGCAACACCACCACAGGAUGCUCUCCAACGCCGGGCAGCAGGUUAGCCAGGCGUCGCCGCUGUCCGGCGGCAUGCACCACUCCGUCAUCCGCCCCAUGCCCAACAUGAGCAUGAGCCCCACCGCCAUCCUCCAGUCCAUCGGCGGCGCCCAGAUGCCGCCGUUCCACACCAUGGACGCCGCGCCGUCUCCAUCCUCCAUGAUGCAGCACGGCGGCGGCGCCAUGGGGGGUUCUGGCGUGUCCGGGCCGGGGACGGCGACGGCCAUGGCGAGCCCGCCGGAGCCGGUGAAGAGGAAGAGGGGCCGGCCCAGGAAGUACGGGCCUGACGGAGCCAUGAACAAGAUGUCGUCGUCUUCCUUGUCUUCGUCGCACCACCAGCAGCAGAUGAUGGGCGCGCCGCCGCCGAGGUUGGGGUCUCUGGACAUGGUGGGAGGGAUGGACGUCGACGCGGCCAACAAGAAGCGCCGCGGCCGCCCGCCCGGCACCGGCAAGAAGCUCUCCUCCCCCACCAAGAAACCCUCUGGCAACGCGUUCUCUGGUUCAGCUGGAACGAGCUUCACUCCUCACAUCAUCACAGCGUCUCCUUCAGAGGAUGUGGCAGGGAAGAUAGCGGCAUUCGCGACCCAGUCACCGAGGGCAGUGUGCGUGCUCUCGGCAAUGGGCUCCGUCUCCAGGGUCGUCCUCCGCCAUCCGGCAGAUCAUGCUUCCUCCGUCUCGAGGGCUCCACCUUCUUACAAUAAUCCUGCCAUUUAUGAGGGGUUGUAUGAAAUUCUGAGUUUAUCAGGCUCUUACAAUCUGAACGAGGACCAGCAGAACCAGAGCGACGGGAUCAGCGUCACGCUCUGCAGCCCGGAGAGGCAUGUCAUUGGAGGUGUUCUGGGUGGAGCAUUGGUAGCUGCCAGUACUGUGCAGGUGGUACUAGGGAGUUUUGUUCAUGGAGGGUCCAGAGCAAAGUCUAAGAAAUCCGGGAAACAGCCAAACUUCGGUUUCGACUCGCUCAGUGGCGGUGGAACAGAUGCCUCUCCCAGCUCUGGACAUAACCAAAACCUAACACCGCCCUCUGUUGUAACAACAACAGGAGGGUGGCCUAGCUCUGGGAUAUUUGACACGAGAAGUUCCAACAUUGAUAUCAACUCAUCUAGAGGAUAGCUCAUUUGUCGAUCCUUCCAGCUCUCAAGAAAUUUUCUAUUUCCAAACGAAUACCAAAUGCAUACUUUGAAAUAGCUCUUUCAGUUUUUGA